AUGGCGAAUCAAGAAUCAUAUUCACAAGCAUUCAUUGAACCAGAAGAAAUUUUUGAAGAGCAUAUAUUAGAACAACAAAUUAUCGAACCAAUGUUUGAAGAAGAACCGUUGUUUAAAGAAGAACCGUUGUUUAAAGAAGUGCCAUUGUUUAAGGAAGUGCCAUUGUUUGAAGAAGAACCAUUUAUUGAAGAAGUUGGAAGUCCUAUGGAAGAAGACAAUGAAGAACAGAGUGAAAUGAUUGAAAUCAAAGAUGAUUCCGUACAAGGAUUUUUCAAUCAUAAAGAUUCUGUUUAUGCUAUUGAUAUAAAUCCCAUUAAUGAAGAUAUAAUUAUAUCUGGUGGUGGAGAUGAUAAAAGUUUUUUAUGGAGAUGUGAUACAGGAGAACAAUUAUUUGAAUUAUCAGGUCAUACUGAUUCAGUAACAAAUACAUUAUUUAGUAAAGAUGGUCAAUAUAUAGCAAGUGGUGGUAUGGAUGGUAAAGUUAAAGUAUGGAAAGUUGAAAAUGGACAAUUAAUUUUAUCAUUAGAAGGUUCUGAUGAAAUUACUUGGUUAGAUUGGCAUCCAAAAGGAAACAUUUUAUUGGCGGGAGCAAAUGAUGGUACAAUAUGGAUGUGGCAGAUACCUUCUGGAAAUUGUAUGAAUGUAUUUGCAGGUCAUUCAUCAAUAGUUACAACAGGACAAUUUACACCUGAUGGUAAAAGAAUUGUGUCAGGUUCAGAGGAUAAUUCAUUAAUAGUAUGGGAUCCAAAAACUGCCAUUUCGACUCUUAAAAUAUCAGGUGAAGAUGCAAGAUUUCAUAGAGAAGGUAUAACGUGUAUAGCUAUUAAUCGAGAAAGCACAUUAGCGAUAACUGGAUCUACUGAUACUACUGCUAAACUCGUUAAUUUAACAAAUGGAAAUAAUCUGUUGAGACCGUUGGAUUCUCAGAUAUUAGCAACAGGUUCGAUAGACGGCAAAUUAAAUAUUUGGGAUGUUAAAACAAUGCGAUUACGUCAAACAUGUAAUCACGAUGAUGCUAUAAUUAAAUUACAAUGGCAUAAGGAAUCUCCUCUGAUAACUACUUGCUCUGCUGAUAGAACUGUACGUGUAUGGGAUAGUAGAACUGGUAAAUGCGAAACAACUUUUCAUGGUCAUCAAGAUGCUAUUCUUGGAUUUGCUAUGUCAAGGGAUGGUAAAAAAAUUGUUACUGCUAGUGAUGAUCAUAACAAUAUUUUUCAUUCUUCAAACAUAUCUGAUGAAAAGAAGUAA